CCUCUCCUUCCUCUUUCAUGGCGGCUACAACCUCCGCACAGUUCCUAUCACAUUCCUCACCUUCUUCUUCUCCCCUCAAUCCCCGUUCUGAUUUAACCAAUUUCCGAAAUACUCAGUUACGAUUCACAUCUAGAGUCUCGGGAAAGCCCUUCUCCGUAAGAUAUAUCAGGAGAAACAGAGGAGCAGGGACAGAGCGUGGUGAGGGUACGGCAAGGACGAAAUGGGCAGCGCCGGCGAGGUGCACGGCGGAGGGUGUAGAAGGAGGAAUGGUGAGAAGAGAAGGAGGAGGAGUGCGGACGAUGCCGGAGAGGUACAAAGUGGCGUGUUUGGUGGCGUGCGUAAUGUGUCUGUGCAAUGCAGACAGGGUCGUCAUGUCUGUGGCCGUCGUACCACUCGCUGCCCAACAUGGAUGGUCCAGUUCUUUCCUUGGCGUCGUUCAAUCAUCAUUCCUGUGGGGAUACAUAUUCUCGUCAGUGAUUGGAGGAGCUUUGGUAGACAGAUAUGGAGGAAAGAAAGUGAUGGGUUGGGGAGUGGUUUUGUGGUCUUUGGCCACUCUCAUUACUCCUUGGGCUGCCAACCGCUCUACGUUCGCCUUGUUAAUGGCUCGAGCUUUCUUUGGACUCGCUGAAGGAGUGGCUCUUCCCUCCAUGACCACUCUCUUAUCAAGGUGGUUUCCAAGUCAUGAAAGGGCAAGUGCAGUGGGCAUUUCAAUGGCUGGAUUUCAUCUUGGAAAUGUCAUAGGCUUGUUGCUCACUCCAAUUAUGUUAUCAUCCAUUGGGAUUUCUGGUCCUUUUCUUUUGUUCUCAUCUAUUGGCUUUCUCUGGGUGUUAACAUGGGCAUACCAAGUCUCUAAUGAUCCUCAAGACAGUCAUUUCAUCAGUAGAUCAGAGCUAAGACUAAUUCAAGCUGGACAAACCACUUAUUCUUCCAAACAAACAACCAACUUCCCUCCCUUGCGCCUUUUGCUAUCUAAAUUACCAUCUUGGGCUAUCAUUUUUGCCAAUGCAACGAACAACUGGGGAUACUUUGUUCUCCUCUCAUGGAUGCCAGUUUAUUUCAAAAGCGUAUAUCAUGUAAACUUGAAGCAGGCAGCCUGGUUUAGUGCGGUUCCAUGGGCAACAAUGGCGAUUUCAGGUUAUAUAGCUGGUGCAACAUCAGACUCCUUAAUCAAGGAAGGGUACCCUCUAACAUUUGUCCGAAAGUUCAUGCAGUCCAUUGGAUUCAUUGGACCUGCUUUAUCCUUGCUCUGCUUGAACUAUGCCAAUACACCAGCAACUGCUGCUGUUCUCAUAACUGCAGCUUUGAGCUUGAGUUCUUUCAGUCAGGCGGGCUUUAUGCUGAAUAUUCAAGACAUAGCUCCUCAGUAUGCUGGAUUCCUACACGGAAUAUCAAACUCAGCUGGAACUCUAGCAGCUAUCAUAAGCACAAUUGGGACUGGUUAUUUUGUUGAAUGGUUGGGAUCUUUUCAAGCAUUCUUAACCGUAACAGCAGCUCUCUAUUUUGUGAGCACCAUCUUUUGGAACCUAUUUGCCACAGGCGAACGAGUUUUUUGACAUAAAAAAGUAAGAAAAAAAUAAUAAAAAAAAACUGAAAAUUAUUAAAUACUAAAUAAGGA